AAAAGUUGUUUUGUUAUUUUGCUCUGUAGUCUGUUAUGUUUCUUAUUUUAUGCAUUUAUUGUAGUAAAAUCCGAAAUCAUAGUUGAUGUACAUUUUCUAUAAUUAACUCAUUACAUUGUAAGAAGAAUCAGUUUUUUGAUUAAGUGUGAAAAUCAAUAUUUUUCAAUGCAUUUCUUUUGUUAAGCAAAUGUAAUUUUAACACUACAAUUUGGCUUGUUUUAUUUGGUUUGUAUUUAAUUAUUCAUAUAAUUGCAGGAAAUGAACCAAAACGGUUUUAGUACUGGUGAAGAAGAUUCACGUGGUCCUCUUGAUAAAAUUUGCUGUUUACAAGAAGACGGAUUUCGGUGUCAAAGACAGGCUGGAAACGCUUCUUAUAGUAAAAAAAUUCGCAAUACCGUCAGACAACUUAAAUUACAUUUGGACGCUGUUGCGAGACACAUCUAUAUUUGUGAUCAUCACAAGAAUAUGAUUCAAAGUGCUAGAACGUUGAAACCAUCUAGUCAAGAUGAAACACCAGAAGUAGACUUUUCACAAUUACAAAUGAAUACCCUUAGACGUUAUAAAAGACAUUUUAAAGUAGCAACAAAACCUAGUAUGAAUAAAGCUCAAAUGGCAGAGGCACUAUUAAACCACUUUAAAACAAUAUCAGUUAAUGAAAAAGAAGCUCUUACAUUCUUCAUUUACACAAUAAAGACAAAUGGUAAUAAAUUAGAUCAAAAAAAUGGAAAUAAUAAUUCAGAUACACCAUCAUAGUAAUAUUAUAUUUUCAUACAAUAUUUAUUUUUACUUUCAUAAAAUGUAUAUUAAUUUAUCAUUAGAGUUAACAUUUAUUUAGAUUGUAUACAAGAUAUUUAUAGGAUUAAGAGUAAACAAUAUAUUGAUUUUUUUACAAAUUAGUGAUUUAAAGUUGUAUGUUUUAUGUUAAAUUAAUAUUUUAAUUUACUUAUUCUAAAAAUGUAGUGUUAAAAACAUUUAUUUUAACCAUAUGAUUAUAUUAUAUACCUUAAUAAAUAAUGUACUCAUUUUGAGUUCUGAUU